CAGUGAGACGCCUUGGUGGGAUGUCAGAUGCCCUUUCUAUUGCCUCUGAUCUUGGAUUCGCCGUCUCUCCCCCUCCGUCUCAGGGGGAGAUCCAAAGUUUGUCCAGUGGCUCUGGUGAAAAGAGUGAUGACUUGAUAAGGGUUUUGAAGGAGCUCACUGACGUCCAAAGAAAAAUUGCAGACUUGCAAGUGGAGCUUCAGGGUAGGAAGGAGGACAAAAACGUCGCACAUCUGACACAUGUUAGUGAAAUGGAAAAAAAGAUUGAAACUUUGGCCAGAAUCACCACUAUAUUGAAAGAUGUUAUUCAGAACAAGGACCGCAUUAUUGCUCGGCUUCAACAACCAUAUUCAUUAGAUUGCAUUCCAGUGGAAGCAGAAUAUCAGAAACAAUUUUCUGAGUUACUGAUGAGGGCUGCUAGCGACUACAGUGCAUUAACGGCAUCUGCGGCCGACUUUCAUUGGAGCCAAAAUUUUAGAGACCCACCAACAAUAUGGGCAGAAAUGCUUCGCCCUAUCCCCGUCGCCCUGGCUUCAUGCACCAGGUUCUUUGAAGCCAUGUCUGCAAUGAGGGAGUCAUUUGCCACACUUCAAGCGUUAAGGGUUGGUCCUUCAUCGUCCCUUGCCACACCUAGCAAGGAUCUUUCCCAGAGAGGAGGAUCAAGGAAGAAUUCUGAUUGUGUGACUCCUCCACCCUGGAGAACCGAAACAAGUUUUAACGAUUUGGCCAUUAGAAGUGUGAAGCAUGAAAAAAGUGAGGAGCAAGAAGUUACAAGUGGUGGUGAAUAUGGCGGCGGUGUGGAGAGCCGUCAACUAUCAUGGCCUUCUCCGGUUUAAAGAGUUGAUAAUCCCUCCGUCCCAUUGGACUUUACCAACUUUCCCUUUUUGUUUGUCCCAAAAAACUUUGUCACUUUCCUAUUAAAGCAACUAAUUUGUGGUUCUGCACAUUUCUUGCUUUUUGCACAAAUUUCAACCACACAGUUUUUACUAUUCUUAUUUCUCACCUACUUUGCACUUGGCAAAGUCCACCGGAAUGGAGGUAGUAUAUAGCUAUGUUACGGCAGACAUGCCCAAUAUUUUAUAUGGGACCAGACCUAAUCAAAACUUAUUAUUCUAAUCAUUUCUUGUUUAUAUGGGACCAGUUGUAAUAUCACAUUGAUUAAACUUUGACCAAUGGUUUAAGCAUGUCCUGGGGCAAACAAGCUAUGCGAGUGCGACUUUAUGUAGAUAAUAAUGUUCAAAUUAGCUCAAUGUAUUAUGCACCUUUUUAAAUUAGGCCCAAGCCUGGUUUAAACUUUAAAGGCUUGAAUGUUUCAUUCGUGCAAAUUCAGUGUUCUUUUUGUUCCAA